UAGACACGCUAACUUUCCCAUAACCUCAAAGGCCAAACAGAUAGUUUCUUCCCACGAAAGCAAAAAUCUCCCUCAGUUUUUCCCCCCCUACUACUUUUCAUCAUCAUGUCUCAGACAGUUGUUCUCAAGGUUGGCAUGUCAUGCCAAGGUUGUGUAGGAGCUGUGAACAGGGUUUUGGGGAAAAUGGAAGGUGUUGAAUCUUAUGACAUCGAUAUUAAGGAGCAAAAAGUAACAGUAAAGGGAAAUGUGGAGCCAGAAGCUGUUUUCCAGACUGUUUCAAAGACUGGAAAGAAGACUUCUUUCUGGGAAGCAGAAGCACCAGCACCCGCACCAACUGAACCCGAAACAAAGCCCGUUGAAGCAAAGCCUACAGAAGAAAAGCCCGCAGAUACAGCAGCUGAACCCGAAGCAAAGCCCGCAGACGAAAAGCCUGCAGAAGCUGUUGCUGCAGCCUGAAAUUUAUAUCAUGCUUAUGAUUUGUGCAACUUUAUUAUGACUAAAGCAUAAUGUAAUGUGUAACAGUUAAUCAGAGCUUAAAUAAUGUCUUUCUAAUAUUAAUUUUUGCGUUUGUUUUCUUCUUGUAAUAUAGAUAAGAAGUCUUGUUAGUGCAAGACUAACAUCUAUACACAAGGAACUACUACUAUAUAUACUGGAGUCUAUUGUUUCACCAGUC